AGAAAAAAAAAGAAGAAUGAAAGAAGCUGCUGGGUGUGACUUCUGAAGCAGGAGGUCAAAGCCCGGGGUUCCCCUGAUAUUACACACACCCUGUAAACUUUUAAGCAGCUCCCAGGAAACUUGUUAUUAAUGCUGCAGUCAUUAAAAGGCGCAGCCCACGGCAGAUUUAUUAGCUCAGUAAACCACAACACGUGCCAAGCUCUCUGGAAACAAAAGGGUCUGUCAACUUCACUCCUCCUGCUUGGGAUUUGGGAGGGCUGGGAGGGGCGCGGUGGGGAUGGAGCCAGUGGCUUUUGUCGCGGGGAAGUGGCAUCGCCUCCGCUGGCCAGCACGGCUCGUGAAUGCAAUUCCGUGGCAGGGAGGCACUGGAGCACGGCUGUAAGGAGCGCACAGCGAACCCUGCUGAGCUCACGGCGCUCGCCGCGGCAGCGGGACGAGCAGCCCCCGGUCUCCCGAAUGGAAAGCUUUCCCCGUGUGCCUGCCAUGAUAAAUCAGCUGCCGUUCUCCUGAAUAACAGCAUUCACUGAAGUUACAGUAGGAAACUUGUCUGGGUGGACACUGUGCCAUUGCUCUGCGGAGAGCGGCCGGUGCCGAUCGCUGGCGUUGCGCUGAAAUAUCGCAUUGAUUGCCGCUCCGGAGCUCGCUGGCAGCGCCGGGCUAUUGCAGCCGGGAGAGGCAGGGCGAACACCGGGAGAAGAGGCGCCGGGGGAAAAGGCAGGGUUGGACCGUCUCGCCGAUCUCUCCGGGAAUAAGAAGCACGCUGGAUGCGUUAGAUGCUGGAAGCACCGGAGGAAGCUGGCACGUCCCUGGGAGAAUUUGCAGGCUAAACUUGGCGGGGGCUCGCUGUCGGCAGCCAGGCGCUCGCAGGCAAAGCGGAGGGAAAAGCAUCCUGCGCUCCCCCAGCCACACAGUGAGAAGCAGUGUGUGUCACCCCUGUGCAAGACCGAGCUGGGAAUAAAAGGAGAACAAUGCAUUUCCUGGCCUGGUUCAAUUUGCUGCUUCUCCUUCCUUGUUUUGGUACCACAAAAACCUGCUUCCCUGGCUGCCACUGUGAAGUGGAAACCUUUGGUCUCUUUGACAGCUUUAGCUUGACCAAGGUGGACUGCAGCGGAAUAGGCUCACACAUUGUUCCUGUCCCAAUCCCUCUGGAUACCUCCUACUUGGAUCUAUCAUCAAACAAACUGGAAACAAUAAAUGAAUCGAUGCUUACUGGCCCUGGAUACACCACCCUGGUGAGUCUUGACCUGAGCUACAACAAAAUUGCCAAGAUUUCCUCCACAACAUUCUCCAGGCUUCGGUACCUGGAGUCCUUGGAUCUGAGUCAUAACUCUCUGGAAGUCCUUCCGGAGGACUGUUUCUCCAGUUCUCCUCUAAGUGACAUAGAUUUGAGCAAUAACAAACUUUUGGAUAUAGCUAUGGACAUUUUUGCUUCAAAAGGUCAAGGCAAAUCCCUGAAUGUGGAUCUAUCCAAUAAUAUGCUCAGCACAAUUACAAGGCACCAUGAAAAGAGCAUUCCAAACAUCCAGAACUUAAAUCUUUCUGGAAACAGGCUAACAUUUGUACCAAACCUCCAAGGCAUUCCUCUCCGAUAUUUAAAUCUCGAUGGAAACCCUCUGGUUAAGGUUGAGAAAGGAGACUUCACAGGGCUGAAAGACUUGAUUCAUUUAUCCCUCAGUGGCCUGCAUGGUUUUAGAGAGCUAUCUCCUCAUAGCUUCAAGGAACUCCAAGCUCUCCAGGUUCUGGAUUUAUCCAACAAUCCCAACUUGAAGUCGCUGACUGCUGAAGUUAUCUUUGGUCUGAACUCCCUACAAGAGCUCAACCUGUCUGGGACAGGCAUAACAUCCUUGCCAAAGACUUUGCUGAAAUACCUGCCUUCCAUCAAAAGCAUCACCUUAGGGAAGGACAUUCAGUGUCUUAAGACCAUCAAAGAAGGACAGUACCACCGACAAAUUGGGCUGACCAAAAAGGAAGUCCUCAGUUGCUAUGACAGCCAUGGAUCCGUAGCAGCAGCACCUUAUGUUUCGUGAUGAAAGCUGGGGAGAAGGAGAGGGGCAGGGAGGGUGGGGGGCCAUGGGACUUGUACAGGUGUCGGACUGAGAUGGCUUGCAGUGUGCCUUUUGUAAAACUGUCAAUAAUUUAUAUAUUUGUAUUUGCCAAUAGUUGACUGUUUGUGGAUUUUAUAAACUCUCAAAUCUCAGCCUGCGUUAUCUGCAGGCUCCAGAUUUUACCCGGUGCAUUGAGGUCCUCACUCAUCCUGUUGGCUCAAGAGCAGUUUUCCACAAAAACUGGAAUGCGUGUAGCCCUUCAAAGUAUCAAAAAAAAUAUGCAGGGACAAGUCGCUCUGCAGGUCCCAGGGCAGAACAGUCUGUCUGGAGCAAACCCUUCAUGCCUCAGACACAUUUGUAGGAGCAAAGCUACACCUCUGGAGAGCACACACCGAAAUGUACCAGCUCUGUAGCUGCUUGCUUACGAACCCAUGCAUCAUCCUUCUUUUAAUUAUUACUCCCCAAAAUGUGCCUUCUGGAUGCUGCCUUCAUUAGCAGCACCCUGUUUUCUGUCAUGCACUUUCAGUCUUGAAGAAACAUUUCCAGACAAACCUGAAUACAGGGUGCACCCAGUGUGCUGGGUUUUACAUGUUAUUUGCAUAGCUGUGCAAUGAACACUGAGUAAGUUGAGACAUUUUCCCACCCAUUUCUCCUUGUUUUUCCACCUUGAUCCUUUUCAUGUCUACUUAACUUUGGUCCAGCUUUGGCAGCCUCCCGUCUUUUCAGCCUCAGUGAGCCAUUGGUCAGAGAUGGUGUGCAGCAGAGGGGUCUGCUAACAGCCACAUCUCACCCAGGAACUAGCCUUCGAUGAGGGAGGUUGCAAAGGGAAGAGGUCAUGUAGGCUAGCUCAAAAAAAAAAAAAAAGGAAAAUAAUCCCUCCUCCCUUUCUGGGGAAGCUUGGAAGGAAACUCUGACAGGGAUUCUUUCUUGAUGACCUUAUCAAACCAAGAUGAAGUCCUAGAGGAUAUGAGAGUAGGUUGUUUCCAGGCUGAUAUUCCCCAUCUGAACACAACAUCUGCAGCUCAUCUGGGCAUAUGUGAGGCAACUUGCAGUGCCAAAACACUUCUGAGAACGUGCCAGGGGAAGAAUUAACACUGAUGCAUGUGGCCCUGGAGCACUUUGCUUAUCAGAGAAAAGAUCUUUGGGGUUUUUUUCCAGAGUUGUGGCUUUUCUUUUUCUCACACAGCUCUUUGGUUGCCAAGUGAACCUGAUAAACAGAAAUCUUACUAAAAGCCUGGUCCUCCAAGUUUUACUCAUUUAUUUCCCUCCAUUGCUGAAAUGCUGGCAAAAGAAAACCCCUCUGGACCCUCUUUUUCUCCAGUCUAAGAGGAAGUGGGAGAAGGCAGCACAGCAUGACUCAAUGCCAUGUGUGAAGCCUUCGUCUUGCUUGUAGGAGCAAUGGAGGUGACUGCUGAGGUCUGGUCCGCAUCUGUCAUGCUCUGUCUGGGGGGAUGGGAUGUUGUGGAUGGGGGUCCUGCCCAAGCUGAUCUGCAGUUUGGUCUCUAAACCCAGCCCUGCAUCAGGGCCACUUCUAAUGUUUGAUUUAGGGAGAUCCAUGUAAAGGUGAUGCAGAUACAAACUCAUCUCACUACUGUCUUUGAGAGUGUUGGAAGAAGCUCAGGUUUUGUCCUCAUAUCCUUAAAAGUCUUGGAAAGUGGAAACCCUGUUGUCCAAACCCGCAGACUCCGUAAAAGUCAGAGUCAACACCUAACUUUGGAUACUGAAAUUUGGUACUCCCACAUUUCCAUCUAUCUCCAUUUCAAUAAUUUGUUUGGGUAGCUUAGGGUGGGAUUUUUAACCCUUCCAUCAGUUUUGGGGAUUUUUCCCCCUAUACUGAGACUUUGCAAUGUUUAACCAGCCUUCACAAUCAUAGGAAACAUGUUGAUUUUCUUAAAAAGGCAAUGGGGCUGCCUAUGGGCAGAGAUCUGGAGGGUAACAGAAACAAACUGCAGUGCAAGAUGGGGCAGUUUGUGAAGAAAGAUAUGGGGGUUUUACUGGAUCUUGCCUUUUUAAGAGAAUUAUUUUCUGCUGGCAGAAAAUGUAUUUUUUUUAAAUAAAUCUGUUUACUUUUUUAAGCCUGUACAUAGAUGAAACAUUACGGUUAUCACCUCCUGUCAAAGUUACUGUCUUUGCAGCACUGUGGUAAAUUUAAAACCCAAUGUGACAAUCCAAUUGAAGACUGCAAGAUUUUCUUGUGUAAUCUCAUGCUAGCUGCUAGCUAAACUAGUCUUAGCAAAAGCUGGCAAAUACUGUUGCUGUGUUAGUCUGUUUUUUUAAAGAACCUCUGCAGCAUUGUAAGGCUUUGUGAUUACUCACAAUAUAAUAAAGUAAUUUGGAGGAGAAUAAACCCAGCUCCCCCAGAUUUAUUGCUUUAGUGCUGAGCAGGUGGCAGCUGUCGCUGGGUCCGAAAUGCAACACAGCUUCUCUCCUUGCUCUGCUGAUCCCCACCGCCCUCAUGGGUGUUGCAACUCCAGACUGGGGGCAGGAUUUGUCCCAUGGUGCUUGGCUUACUGUGCUCUUCAGUGAUGGAAAGGCUUGACAGCUUCCCUGGUUGACUUGAAGGAAAUUAGGAACACAUGGCUGCGAAGCAGCAGAAAGCAUGUGGUGCAAAUUCCCUGCUCCAGGACCUGCUCCAAAGCUUGUGGAGCAAGUGGAGAUCAUGGAUUUGAGCAAUCUGGGACAUGGUCUGCUAGUGUUGCAAGACUGGAUUUGCAGCAGGUGGGGUGAUGUGGGGAUACACCACAGGACCACAGAAGUGUUCAAGAACACGUUAGAUGUGGUGCUUAGGGAGAAGGUUUAAAGGUGGACUUGGCAGUGCUGGGUUAAGGGUUCAACUUGAUGAUCUUAGAGGUCUUUUUCAUUCCUAAGGAUUCUAUGAUUCUGUGGGGGUAGGAGGGAGCAAAGGGGUGCAGAAGUGAUGCCACAGCACAGAAAGCUGAACACUGCCAGACCACAGCACUUCUAGCAGUGAGACACAAGUAAUCCAGUCUCAGCACCCUCCUCUGCGGAGCUGGGGCUCCUGCACAGAGGGUUAAGACCAUGCAGAGCCAUUACACUAAAGAAUAAAUAGAAACCUCUCUGGAGGUGUCUUCCUGCUCUUAAAUAGAAAAUUUGAUUUUAAAGGUUUCUUGGUGCUGUAUAUAAAAUGGUGCAGAGACCCACUGAGGAAACUGCCCCUGGGAAGCUGCAAUGUUCCUGUUCCUCCCAAGCCAGAAGGAACAACUGCCUCUUCCACCCGGGCAGGCACACUUGCAGGCUGCCUGGAAGAGGCUGUUGUUUCUUUAUCACAAAAGAUAAAGUUUCCCCAGAAUGCCCUGUCCUUCAGGAUGGCAUACAAGGUAGCCAGACAGUAGCCUGGGGUGUGAGAUCACCAGGGAAGGCCAAAUCUUGCUCACAGAAUUAUUAGACUGUAAGGGAAAAGCCACCACCAACAACCAUUAGAGAUGACUGCUCCUCUGGAAUCCAUCACAAGGCUGUGACCAUGAGGCUACAGCACCACAUCCCUUGGGGCUAGAAUCACUUCUGACCUGUGGUGUGGGCUCAGCCAAAGUGGUGGAGAAUGUACUCCUCUCCUGGGGAAGGACAACAUCCUGGGAUCUAUCAUGGGUCUGAAGGUCUCCCACCUCCUUGUGAUUGCCCCACAUAUGUGAUGCUCCAGCACUGUGUUAGAUCUUGUCCCUCCUGCUACUCCUUUGCCCCCUUGCCUUAAUAUCU